AAGGUAUAAUUUUAAUUUAAAAUUUCUGUAUUUAUUAAAUUUCUACAAAAACGAAGAUUGUAGUUCGAUUGUGUUACAACUGGGCUAGGGUUCGUUCCUAUCCUUCCCAGAAACGGUGCCUCCUCAAAACACAACCACUCUUCAUUUCAUUCUUCUAUAAAACGCUGCGUUUUACAACCGGUAAACGGCGCUUAAAAUCUCGUCGUUUACUCUCUUCCAUUUCGCGUUUUGAAUCGUAACCGUUUCUCUCUCUGUGGUUUGUGAUGGACGAUACGGUGCUUGACGAUAUCAUACGGAAGCUUGUAUCGGCGAAGAACGGGAGAACGACGAAGCAGGUGCAUCUUACGGAGGCGGAUAUUCGGCAGCUUUGUACUUCCGCGAAGGAGAUUUUUCUCAGUCAACCUAAUCUUCUUGAGCUUGAAGCUCCUAUCAAAAUUUGUGGAGACGUCCAUGGCCAGUUUUCAGACCUCUUAAGACUGUUUGAAUAUGGGGGAUACCCACCUGAAGCCAAUUAUUUAUUUCUUGGAGAUUAUGUUGAUCGUGGUAAGCAGAGCAUAGAGACAAUAUGCUUACUCCUCGCAUACAAAAUCAAAUAUAAGGAGAACUUCUUUCUUCUCAGGGGUAACCACGAAUGUGCCUCCAUCAAUCGCAUAUAUGGUUUCUAUGAUGAGUGCAAAAGGAGGUUCAAUGUUCGCCUCUGGAAGACAUUUACUGAUUGCUUCAACUGUUUACCGGUUGCUGCUCUAGUUGAUGAGAAGAUCCUUUGUAUGCAUGGUGGUCUCUCUCCCGAACUUAAAAACUUAGAUCAGAUACGGAAUAUUGCUCGCCCUAUUGAUGUGCCAGAUCAUGGCCUUCUCUGUGACCUUCUGUGGGCUGAUCCUGAUAAAGAUCUUGAGGGAUGGGGAGAAAAUGAUCGAGGCGUGUCAUUCACAUUUGGGGCUGAUAAGGUUGCUGAGUUUCUUGAGCACCAUGAUCUUGAUCUGAUUUGCAGAGCUCACCAGGUUGUAGAAGAUGGAUAUGAGUUUUUUGCCAAACGUAAGCUGGUGACAAUAUUCUCUGCACCAAAUUACUGUGGGGAGUUUGAUAACGCCGGUGCUAUGAUGAGUGUGGAUGACACAUUGACAUGCUCUUUCCAGAUACUCAAGUCUUCCGAUAAGAAGGGGAAAGGUGGGUUCGGCAACAACCCAUCAAGACCUGGAACUCCACCUCAUAAGGGUGGGAAGGCUUAAUUAACAGUCUCGUGCAAUGUAACUAUAAAGUCAGUGAGCUGGAUGAUGGCUUUCAUUCUCAACAUAGAUUAAAGGCUUAUCUUUCUGCUGCCUGUCAUGAUUUGAUGAUUCAAGAGAUAUAAUUGCAUUUUGCCUGCUUUCUGUGGCAACGAUAACUAAAGACAGUAGUAUGGCAGGGACAUGGCACAUUUUAUUGUGCAACUCCGAUUGACCCCCUUCCUUUUGUUUCUUCUUUUUAUAGUUUUUUUUCUUCUUAUUCUUAUUAUUAUUCAUGUACAAUGGAAUUUCAAACUCCAUAAGGAGUAAUCUUCAAUAUCUUGUUAUGGUGUUGCUGAAAUUUUAUAUGAUUGCAUCAACUUCA